AUGAAGUGUACAACAUCUAAAAUCUCUUAUUCGAUCAAUGAUUCACGUUGGUCCGAGGCUGUGGUGGAAUCGUAUAAUUUUAACAAUGUUAUGGAAGCAGUCCAACCAGUGGAAUCAUUCUUUGAGAGACAGGAAUUUGAUGUAACAUGUGCAGUUUGUAAAACAUCAAUUGAAGAAGAUCGUGCUGACUUAAUAGCACAUUACAAAUCUGAGUGGCAUCGACAUAACCUUCGUCGAAUCUUGCAGGGACGACCACUGCUUACCGAAGAUGAAUUUGAGCAAGCGAUAUCCGAGAAUAGUGAACUUAGCUCGUUAGAUACAGAAAGCGAUGAUGAGAUAAUGCCAUUCACUGGCGGAGCUCAUGCUUAUUUCAUAAGCGAUGGAACAGUAUAUUCCAUAUAUCGAUGUAUUUUACUGAAAAACGAGGUCAUAUCUCAAAAUUUGUUCCAACGUCCAUUAGACUGUACUAUUUUAUUGCUUUCUGCUGGCCAUUUCUGUGGCGGAAUUUUCAAAAAUCAUGAAUUGGUUGUACAUAAAAGUUUCCAUCGAUAUGUUGUUCGAGCAAAACAGGGAACAGCGCAAUCAGUAUCGGAUGCGCGGGGAUCUACGGCGAAAAGUGCUGGUGCCUCUGUGAGAAGAUAUAACGAAAAAGCUUUAAAAGACGAAAUCCAGUGUUUGUUGGCAAGUUGGUCGAGCUUAUUAGAAGAAAGUCCAUUAAUAUUUGUGCGUUGUCCAAUGUAUAUCUUUUUUGAGCAAACAAAAAAAUUUAAAUUAGAAAAGUGCGAUGAACGUUUGAGGACAAUACCAUUUGAAACACGUCGACCAACGGUAGACGAGCUUCAGCGAACAUGGUCAAGAUUGAAGCUCGUUCGUUCACAUGGGUCAGCGAUUGAUUUUAAUAAAGAGCAAGAAAGGCUUAAAAAGUUGCGGAAGAAUCAGAGGCGAUUGUUUCGGCGCAAGAUAUCAAGUGCAAAAUAUAUGUCCAGUGAAUCUUCUCUGGAAUCAGAUAAUGAUAACAAUGUCAUUGAUGAAAUGAAACACCGGCAACCUGAAGAAGAAAAAGAAAAUUCGGAACAAGAAGAGACAACAGUGAAUCUUUUGAGUAAGACAAACGCUCAGGCUUUGUAUGCCUCUAUUCGCUUGAAUUCGGUUUCAAAGUUACGCCAACUAUUGGAAAGUAAUGAAGAAAAGAAAGAAGAUUUCUUGAAAUAUAUCAGAGAAAUGACGUUUCCACCAGUGUCUUCAACUUUUCUGCAUGUCGCGGCGAGAAGAGGUACAGUGGAAAUUCUGAAAGAGUUGUUAUUGUUAGGAUGUGAUCCAGCGGUGAAAGACAGCGAAGGAAAAGUUCCUUAUCAGGUUGCACAAAAUCGAACAGUUCGUCAAGCGUUUAGCACAUUUCGAUCCGAACAUCCCGACACAUUCAACUGGAAUGUUAGCCAAAUACCAGAACUAGCAGUCAUGAGUGAAGAGCAACUAUCGAAAGAGGUAGAGAGGAAACGAAUCCAACGUGAAAAAAAAAAGCAAAGGGAUAAAGCUAAAAAAGCUGCUCAUUAUCAGGAGAAGAUGGAACAAGAACAACGUCAAAAAUAUUUAGCACUUUCCGAUCGAGAAAAAAGAGCCCUUGCUGCAGAACGCCGGAUUGCUGCAUCUUUACAAAAACGUUGUCAAGUUGUUGAAAAUGAUGGUAAUCGCUGUUUCAAGUGUGGUGCAGUUCUCGAUCCCAAGCAUUUUGAAUAUUGUGAUAAUUAUUUUUGUUCACUCGCGUGUUUGCAGCAGCAUCGAAAAGAAAAACCGCCUCAACUUAUAUCCUGA